AUGGGGAACCAGAGCAGCGUGCCCAAGGGCAACAUCGCCCAGCGGGGCGCGGCGUCCCUGGCCGGUGGCCUGGACAGCGUCACGGGCGGCGGGGCCACCCGCAUGCUGAACAAGACGCCCUUAGGAAAGCCGAAGCACGGCCCGGUGUGGAAGCUGCAGUCCUGGGAUAUCCUGGCCCAAGACGAGUGCGAGCCGUGGAAGAUCGGCUACGCGCUUGGCAAGUUCAGAGGGGCAAAUCGAGAAGCGCAGAAGCUGGCGUUUCGCCUGAUGCCUGGGCCGUAUUGGGGUCUUCUGCAACAGCAGGACCAGCUCACAGAGCCUUUGGCGAUCCGGUCGGCCAUGGGCAAGCUACCCACAAAUGACGACGUACGCAGGCUUGCCAAUGUGAUCUAUAACCUUGACAAAAUCAAGCAAGGAAGCAUGUGGGAGACCGACAUGACGGACCAGGGUGCCCGAAUGUGGGGCGAGCUUUCGCAUGAUGAAGCACUUCGCAUUGCGCACGCAAUUCGGCGUGUCCAGUCUUUCGGGCGCUUUCUCUUCUCUGUUGCUUUUCCUUGUGCGCCGACGGAGGGGGCCUACGACGAAAAGCCCAGCGCCAGUUUCUUCUGA